AUGGAUUCGUACGAAGAAUCCAACGUGCCCUUUUUGCAAGAUCUCAAAGACGACUCGAUCGAAAGAGCCCAGACCCGUGAAAAGCCUGUCUCGAUAUCCAAGAAACUUGUGUGGUGGACGUUUUGUGCUUUAGUGCUCGUCGUCUCCAAUGCGUUCACCUUUUAUGGUGCUCGAGUCUACCGACAUAGUCAGCUAGACAGGGUGUGCACCGCUCACACCUCACAGAGCUGGAGCCCUGUUGAGCAAGAUGUAGACAUUCAUUACAACAGCAGACGGUUCAACGCGUCUUUCUAUACGGAAUCCAUUUAUCGACAACCCGCGAGCCCUGAAGUGGACGCGGCGUGGGAGGAGCUGGGCACUGAGCUCAAAGGCAUUGUCCUAUCGGUCGAUGAGGCCAAAAAGUCCGGACUAGAGUUGGAUCGUGUCAUGGUAGGAGAGGACUAUGGGGGUCCUGGCUAUGUGGCAUUUGUGGAAGUAACCCAUCAGAUCCACUGUUUGAACCUUUUACGCCGAGGACUCUGGUUCAACUACGAGUAUUACCAGAGUCACAAUAUAGGCGAGUUCGCCGACGGCGAUCGCAUCGUCAAACUCCAUAUUGGGCACUGUCUCGACACACUCCGCCAGGCCCUCAUGUGCAGUUCAGACACUGGCCUCCUACCCUUCGUCUGGGUUGGCAACCCUCCGAAACAAUUCCCUGACUUCUUUCGGGAACACAAAUGUCGAAAUUUCGAGCCUAUCUUGGACUUUGCAAAAAGAAGAGAGGUAAAGGCGCUGGAGCAUAUGAAGGCGGUCCCGCAUAAGGGGGCUUUGAUUUUGGACGACUUUCCAUGA